AUGUCCAGCGACAUUCGACAACCGAUCGAGAUCCUCGCGGCGCCUGCAACUUCAGUAUCUAAGCAGACCCGAGCAAAAGUGAUACUUCCUUCCGAGAUCACGGCUCUCACAGACGAUGAUCUGUACAAAUUGAUCAAGGAGACUCAUUACAAGCGAUACAACUCACCAGCAGAUCUUGCUAAACUGUAUGCUAGAAAAUCAGUUGUACCCGAUAGCGAGCUUGUUAAAUCACUUAUCUACUCAGGUUCACGAAAUGCAACCAUUGAGGUUAUGAAAAUUAUAAGCGAAGCACAAGGAACACCAAAAGGACAUAUGGAUCCAAAUAGUACAUUGGGGUUAAAUAGGGUAGAGCAGGUUGAUGAUCGUGGUGUAAUGACAGAUGACAAUCUAAUGGAUACCUAUUCAUUCACACCAAUAUGUCUGCGUGUCGCUCUUUCACUUGGAAAUACAAAGGAUGAUCCACGUGUCCUAGAAGAACAGGAUCAAGAAAGAAAUGCCGGGUUUCCUCAAUGCCAAUGUUCUAACUGUGACCCAGAGGGCUCUCAUAUCCUACGUCACAAUCUACCUAGAAUCACAAAAUCAAAUUACGCACAGGCCAUGAACGAUGUAUAUAGUGUAGAAGGAUUUUUGAACGCACUUGAGAUUGAUGAAGAAGUACAGAAAACCGAUCUUAAUAAUAACAAUAAUAACAAGAAGGCUUCUAAGAAGCGAAAUGGGCCUUUGGACCCAGUGUUGGAGGAGCUGGCGGAUGAAUUGGUUUAUGAAUUUGAACUGCAUUACAAAGAAAUAUUUGGUGAUGAUGGGUACUGUGAAAGUACAGACUAUUUUGAUCUUGAUUGCGCAAAAGAUAUAUGGAAAGGCCGCGAUACAGGUCUUGAUUAUGCACACAAACGAGCGAAGGUGAUAGAAAGAGAGAAACAAAACGAAGAGAAGCGGACUGUAUCAAAAGGUUUAAAACAAGUAGAUCGGAAUUGUGCGGGACAGCCUCAAGUAGCUAAACAAAAAAGAACAAGACGGACAGCAGCACAAGUCAAAGCUGAUGAUGAACAAGCAAGACUGUGA